AUGGCCGAGAUUAAGGGGCCGCGUAAGGACAGGAGGCAGCCUAGACCCCAGGAGAAAAAGACGAGAUCAAUGUCCCGCCAUAGAAAUGAGAGGCGUCAACAAUCUAAUUGCUCCGAAAUAGGAACACCAGAAUGCAUCGCGAAACUCCAUGAUAUCCCACCUGCUGAUAAGGCACACCCCAACAUGUGGAUGAAACUGGGCCUCCAAGGCGUCACCGUCGUAGGCUCAGCCGGAAAUAGCGGCCCUCUUGCGACCCGCCAAUGUAUGCCGUCUAACUUUGGUACAUUUUACGCUUCUCAUCCGGGAAGUUGUCCAUACGUCACAUCAGUCGGCGCCACGAUGUUGCUGUCAAAUAGGAGCCAGACCGUGGCCAAAGAUACCAAUUGGGCCUCCUCCGGCGGAUUCUCGUGGUAUUAUCCAACACCAGCUUCUGGUAGUGGGCUCCCCGAUAUCUCGGCCCUUGAUAAAAAUGUUGCUGUUGCCGUGCUAGGCGAGCUCGAUGUCGCCGAUGGCACCUCGGCCGCUACUCCGUUGGUCGGCGCCAUAUUUAACCGCAUCAACGAGGAGAGGCUUGCAGUCGGCAAGUCGACUGUGGGAUUUGUCAAUCCCGUCCUCUAUGCUAAUCCUGGAAUGUUCGAUGACCUUGUAACUGGCGACAACUCCAUGUGCGAUAUAGAAGGUUUCAAUGCUGUAAAAGGGUAG